UACCAAAAGAACUCCGUAACAAACAAUACCCCAUACGCAAUAGUAGCAAAACUAUGUAACAAUAAAACUCGAUAACCCAAGGUCAUUAACUAGUCCCCACGUCCUCGCCAAUCCCCAAAAGCAGCUAAGCAGUGGGGUGACGCGCGGCCGCUCCUACCACCGUCACUCGCUCCGUGGUCGCGUUGCCGUGAACUUGCCCUGCUCUGUCGUCACCCUGGCCCCGAGACGUUAUCGGAGGCGCCGCCGGCGGCCUAUAAUAGCUGGGCCGGCGUCUCCCCCUGCCUCCAGAGUAGCCUGUGCCUUCGCCAGACAUGUUUCGUGCUUUGUGCAUCCUCAGUAUCGUAGCUGCCGUCCACGCUUGCAAACCCUGCACAUGUGGGGUCGCACGCAGUGGUCGAGUGGUUGGUGGGAUGGCCCUCUCCCCUGGCGAGUUUCCCUGGCUUGCGGCCCUCAAACGGGAUGGCAAGGUGAUCUGCGGGGCCACAGUCGUCGCGAGGGACCACUUGAUCACCGCUACGCAUUGUAUCCAUGGAGUGGAAGCGGCUCGUCUCACGGUGCUCGUCGGCGAAUACGACGUGAACCACACCCGAACUGAUGGCUUCGAAGUAUCGCAUGUGACACAGCAUCCAGACUUCAAUCGGUACACAUACGACAACGAUAUCGCUGUACUGCGACUCGCUGAACCACUACCUGAACAUCUGUAUAGACCUGCCUGUUUGCCUGAUGAUGACAACUCACUUGAAGGUGAAGACGCUGUAGUAUCGGGAUGGGGAAGCACUAUUGAAAAAGGGCCCGCUUCAAGUAUACCAAAUAAAGCCAAGGUACAAAUUUGGACUCAAGAUGACUGCAGCGGCGCUGGAUACGGCCGUAGAAAGGUUACACCCCGCAUGCUGUGCGCCAACGCUCCAGAACGCGACGCCUGUACUGGUGACUCAGGUGGUCCCUUGUUAGUUCCUCAACCAUACUACACUAUUGUGGGUGUUGUGUCGUGGGGUCGUGGCUGCGCAAGGCAAGGCUACCCUGGAGUUUACGCGCGUGUAGGUCAUUUCUUACCGUGGCUUCGUGGAGCACUAAGGCACGCUUGCAUGUGCACACCGCCAUCUUUAAGUUAAUUUUUUUUCUAUUUAAAUCUCCGAAUACCCAAUUGACUGACCAGUGACUAAAAACACCAUUAGUAAACUAAAUUAAUCAAAGCGCUGGCCGUAGGCUGGUCUCCUUCUACGUUAGCUUUUAAAAUGUAAUAUGCAUGAAAUGUGAGCAUAUCAAGUGUCCACCAGCAACACACAGCAGCAACGGUCCAGAAAUGCCUCUGACAACCCUAUUAUUGUCAUGAGCAUAUUCUUUUAAAAAAAAAACUUUUGUUUAUGUAUUUUUUGUAGAAAACAUAAUCAUUAUGUUAAUAAGCUUUAUUUGUUGAUGUUGUUAAAAAAGAUCUUAUAAAAUCACAUGCAAAUAAUACCAUAAAUCAUGUACUAAAUAUUAACUGUUAGACUUUCUCGUUGCAUGAUUUGUGGUUUAUAAAAGACCGUAAUUAACGCGACCAUUUUAUUUAUUUAUAAUAUGAUUAGGCAAAUUGAUAAUUUACGUAGAAUAUCUUGAUAUUAUAAUUGCAUUAAUACCCGUCUCUUAUAAACCGUGCAGUAGGUGCUCCAUGUAGCAACAGAUGUAGGCAAGUAAGUAAAUACGGAUAGAGGCCACUAAGUUUUUUUUUUUUGAUAAGUGAAAAUGACAUGGUAACCCCGCCUGCGCUAACGGGAUACGCUGGCGGAGCACCAGUGAAGGGUGAUAGAUGAGAAUGAAAACAGGCCAGUUAGCCCAUCAUGAUGAAUUCAUCAGGAAUUAACCAUGAUAGUUUCCAGGGAGAACCGCGAGGAGGUCGACCUGGUUGGAUAUAUUGCUAGCAAUGAGAUUCUCAGUCUCCAUUACUAACAAUCCCUUUCCCCCCAGUCACUUAGUUUUCCUGCUUACAUAACAACCUGGGAUGUAAUGGACUGGUAAAUAUUAUGUGUAGUUGAUGUCUAUGUAGCUAUAUUAAAAAGCUUUAAAUUUUUUAUAUAGAGCACUAAUGAGUGGUGAUACGUGAAGAUAAAGUAAGAUUACGUACCAAUGUGGAUUUACCUUGAUAGUUUCCAUGGGAAACCACGUGAUUGUCGACCUACAUUGAUAUAUUUCAGAUUACUUUUUAGGAAGAGGAGGCUAUUUAAGGAACAAUAAUAGUGUUCACUGGCGUGGUACCGGUGAGAGAUCAUACGUUCUAACGAACUCAACAAUAAAUAUUACUAUAGUUUCCAGGGGGAACCGAGACGAGAUCAACCUGAUAAACUAUAUUAGAACAGUUAUAUCCCAUUAUUAACAAACCCUCCCCCCCCCCCCCUCUACCCUCUUCGAAAAGGUAUAUACAUACAUUCGGAUAUGUCUUUACGAAGUGUCACUCAAAUCCUAGAAUGGGCAUCGAAUAAUUUUAAGAUUGGUACGGCCCACUCGAACACUUCUUAAAUACGCAUGCGUCGACCUGUGAGGACAGAGUAAUUAAUAGCAACAAGAAUGCUACUUGACAAACAAUUAUUAUCCCCUUUUAAAUAUGGCCAGUUAUGUAACGUAGUAUUAGAGAAAUAUAUAUAUAUAUAUAUUGUAUAUGUUACCAAUAUGCUGACAGAGGCAAUUUAUACUUAAGAAGAUUUAGAAUAAAAGUAAUAUGAAUAUUAGUCUAUAUUCAACAGUAUUAACGUAUAACAAUACUUAAACUAGAAUAAUAGACAAAAUUUUAUAUUUUUCUUAAAUAGUUACUAUAGUAAACUAUAUGGCUGUGAAUUUAGAUUAAGAAUAUGAUAAAUAUCUUGCUUAGUUAUUUGUAACUAAUAGAUAUUAAUAUAAUUUUAUCUUAUGUAAGUAGCUACCUAUUAUUAUACGGUAUUUAUCUAUGUGCAA